CGCUUGAAGCGUUCAUUCGUCAAGUUGUGAAGUUCGGCAACAUGUGCUGGUAUUGCUUGGGAUUUGACAUGCCGCAAACGUAUAAUUUGAUAAUUCGAAGUAAAUUAUAAUAAGGAAACCUACAUGAGCUAACAUCGUGCACAUUCAUCGAGCUCACAGAGAGUCAUUUUGCAGGGGCUUGCUCUUGUCGGAGUUCAAUUCAUUCCGCGAUUCGCUCCGCAGCUGACAAGUCGCUCGCGAACACCUAAAGUUUCCGCACUGUUUUCUAGACUGACUACAAAGAAGUAUGCGGCUUAUAUACAUCCUCGGCAUUGUACUUGCGGCCACUCUUCACGCCAGCAGCUCAGCGAUUCCUGCGACCAAAGGCCAUAGCACUAUGCUCGGACACGGAGUUUCUCCUGAUGCUGUCGAUUCGGUCCACAGAGAUGGAGGACGGUUGCUGCGUCGAGUCGAGAAACCAGCAUCGGACGGAGUUGGAAUCCAAGAAGAAAGAAUGUUUGGGGGGCUCACCAGGUUUUUCCAGAAAUUGCGCUAUGCUGGCAAGCUGCCAGUGACGAGUGCCGGAAAGAGCAAGCUUUACAGGCAGGUGGCCGAAUCUCUGAGGAAGACACAGCGUAAUCGCUAACAGCAAGAUGGAUACUACAGUGUAGUUAUGCCUGCUAGGUUUUGAUUUACUUCGACACUUUUCCCAUGGUUGAUUUUUUUUUAAUGGAACUAGCACUUGCCGCCAAACCCGAUAAAUUGUACUCGUACUUGUUCAUCGAGGACGAAAUUGGUAAGAAGACAAAAGAAAAAUGUUGAUACUUGCACAAAAUGCAGCAAGGGAUAUCGCUGAAUCAUCAAUAAAAUCGGUAAACUUUUCCGUAGUACUGUAACCAAAUACACAGUUCUAGAAAAAGACAGCCCGACGAUUUCCAUUUGAGUCC